UGGAAUGUUUCAAACAGUUGCUAUGGUCACACAGUAGCAUGUGGAGCUGCCGGAGUAGCUGAGAACCUGCUGCAUCAGCUGCUACAGGUUUCAUGUCUAAUUGAGACAGACUGGAUUUGGACGAUGAAGUCCAGCCUAAUGCAUUUGAUUCCUCCAGUGAGUAGGGACAGAAUAAUCUCCCACUUCCCCAAGUGGUAUACGCCAGAGGCCUGUCUCCAGUUCAAAGACCACUUCCAUGCACUGAUCAGGAGUGCUUGUCAGCAACGCAACACUGGGACAGUUGGGCUGAAAAUAUCCAAAGUGGUUGUGGUAGGAGACCUCUAUGUUGGGAAAACCAGCCUCAUCAACAGGUUUUGUAAAGAUAUUUUUGACCGAGACUACAAGGCAACCAUUGGAGUGGAUUUUGAAAUUGAACGGUUUGAAAUAGCUGGAGUGCCAUAUAAUCUCCAGAUAUGGGACACAGCAGGUCAGGAAAAGUUCAAGUGCAUUGCAUCUGCUUACUACAGAGGAGCAGAGGUUAUUAUAACAGUGUUUGAUCUGGCUGAUAUCCAGACCUUGGAACACACGAAGCAGUGGCUAGAGGAUGCAUUGAGGGAGAAUGAGCCAGGGUCCAGCUUCAUCUUUCUGGUUGGAACAAAAAAAGAUUUAGUGUCAGGUGCCGCAUGUGAGCGGACAGAACUGGAUGCCAUUCGCUUUGCUAAUGAGAUGCAGGCUGAAUACUGGUCUGUCUCAGCAAAAACAGGGGAAAAUGUGAAGGAGUUUUUUUCUCGAGUUGCUGCCUUGGCCUUUGAACAGUCUAUGCUGAAGGAGCUGGAGAAGAGCAAUGGUCGCAUGGCCCAGAUUGGGGCAGGAAACCUCAUCAAAAUAGAAGGAAAUUCACUGGAGACUCCAGAAAGCAACAGCCAAGCCAGCCUGAACUGCUGCUAG